AUGGCAUUGUUUUUCUCAAGCACCGAGAUGAGUCUCGCUGCUCGUCACCUCUUGGAUACACCAACUGCUCCGCCCCCAGCAUUGACACUGCCUACAAUACCAUCUCUGCCCAAGGCGACCUUGCCUCCACUGCCCUCUGUGCCAACGCUGCCUAAAGCCACAUUGCCACCACUGCCUAGUACGUCAUUGCCUACUUUGCCGACUCAACCUACUCUUCCAAAGCCCACAUUGCCACCAUUGCCCACAAACCCACUGCCAACACAGCCAACUCUUCCAAAGUCCAUGUUGCCGCCGCUGCCAAGCACCCAAUUCCCAACACUGCCAACAAUGCCCACCGUCCCCAAGGUGGCACUACCUCCACUACCAGCUAUUCCAAUGCCCACCAUUCCAACUACUAUCCCGACAAUUCCUUUCCUCUCCCCACCACCUUCAAAAUAA